ACACCACACAUACAUAUAUACACACUACAUCACACUACACCACACACACACUCAGGGCUCCCGGGCUCCACGUCCGGCUGCUCUGGGGCUGUGGCCCCGACCGUGGUAGGGAACCGCAGGCAGGCAGCCGUCCACCCCCUCUCCCACCCCUGCUCAAGUUCCUUCCUCUUUUCUACAUUCUACUGACUUGUGUUUCCCAGCUGCCUCCUUUAUAGGUUCCUGGUUCCUCUCCAAGGCCUCAAGGUUUUGGCAGCUCUGCAGAACGAGACAUGGCCAGGGUCCCUGACGACACGCAGAGGUGGGCCCCCCUGGUGGUGCUGGCCGCCCUGGGCAUGGCCGUGACGGCGACCCCCAACCCCGGCGUCGUGGCCAGGAUCACCCAGAAGGGCCUGGACUACGCCUGCCAGCAGGGAGUGGCUACUCUGCAGAAGGAGUUGGAGAAGAUCAAGAUUCCCGAUUUCUCAGGGAGCUUUAAGAUAAAGUACCUCGGGAAAGGGAAUUAUAACUUCUAUAGCAUUGUUAUUCGUGGAUUCAACCUUCCCAGUUCCCAGAUAAGACCAUUGCCCGAUCAGGGCCUUGAUCUCUCCAUCAAAGAUGCCAGUAUCAAGAUCAGUGGAAAAUGGAAGGCACGGAAGAAUUUCAUCAAAGUCAGCGGCAACUUCGACCUGAGUGUGGAGGGCAUCUCCAUUGUGUCUGCUCUGAAGCUGGGCUAUGACCCUACCUCGGGCUGCGCCACCGUUGCUUGCUCCAGCUGCAACAGCCGCAUCAACAAUGUCCGCAUACACAUCUCGGGCAGCAGCCUGGGGUGGCUGAUCCAACUCUUCCACAAAGAAUUCGAGUCUUCACUCAGAAAUGCCAUGGACAGCGAGAUCUGCGAGGUAGUGACCAGUACUGUAUCUUCCAAGCUGCAACCUUAUUUCCAGACACUGCCAGUGACAACCAAAAUAGACAAUGUGGCCGGGAUCGAUUACUCUCUAGUGGCACCUCCAAGAGCCACAGCUGAUAACCUGGAUGGGCUGCUGAAGGGGGAGUUUUUCAGCCUGGCCCACCGCAGCCUCCCUCCCUUUGCUCCUCCAGCGCUGACCCUUCCCACCGACCACGACCGCAUGGUGUACCUGGGCAUCUCUGAAUAUUUUUUCAACACGGCCGGGCUCGUGUACCAAAAGGCUGGAGUCCUGAAUCUGACCCUCAAGGAUGACAUGAUUCCAAAGGAAUCCAAGUUCCGCCUGACAACCAAAUUCUUCGGAACCCUCAUACCCCAGGUGGCCAAGAUGUUCCCCGACAUGGAGAUGCAGCUCCUCAUCUGGGCCUCCUCCCCGCCAAACCUCACCGUGCACCCCACCGGCCUUGUCCUCACCUUUGCCCUGGAUACCCAGGCCUUUGCUGUCCUCCCGAACUCCUCCUUGGUCCCCAUCUUCCUGCUUGAGAUGAACACGAACGUUUCUGUGGAUGUUGGUGUCAGGUCUGACAGACUUAUUGGAGAGCUCCGGUUGGACAAGCUGCUCCUGGAACUGAAGCACUCGGAUGUCGGCCCCUUCUCGGUUGAAUUGCUGCAGGCUGCCAUGAACUUUGUUGUGCCCGUCGUCGUGCUUCCCAAGAUUAACGAGAAGCUGCAGAAAGGCUUUCCUCUCCCACUGCCCACCUACAUCCAGCUCUACAACCUGGUGCUUCAGCCUUAUCAGGAUUUCCUGCUGUUCGCUGCAGAUGUCCACUACAGCUGAAGUCCCCAUAGGUGCCGGGGGCUGUCAAUCAUGUCGGGAGGGCAGGGCUUGUCAGCACCUGCUCCUGACAGGCCCGUGGGGCACAGGCUGCCCCUCUCCAGGCUUCCCUCUCUAGCUCUUGACUCAGAGACUCUUGCAAACUUCUCUAAACUCAGAUUCAGAAGUGAUCUAAAUGUGCGAAUCUUGUUCCUUGCAAAAGUGUAUGGGGUAUAUUUUAGGGAUUAUGAGUUUCUCUCAAGGGCAAAGGUUGCAUGGACACUUCCUCCAGGAAUUGCAUUUCAGUUGUAAUCAUAAUAUUUCUCUUUGUGCUUCA